UAUUUUUAUCGACGAGUAAAAUGCCGAUGUAUUAUCAACCAAAGAAAAUGCAGAGUAAAAAUUAUCAUAUGAGUAACUCGCGAUUUAACUUUUGAAUCAAAUAAUAUGCAGUCUGCCAUAAGAAAAUGCAACCGUGAGGUGCAAAAAUUAUUUUUCCCGACUCAAGUUCAAGAAUAUAAAAAUAUACAAUUUAAACAUGCGUACAAUCAAAAAAUCAACUCAGCCAGCGGUGGGCUACACCGACAUAUAUGUGUGCUACUUACUUUUGAUAUUUAUUAGCUCGACAAUGGCAUUGAGCGAUAAAAUGAAUGCAUGCAACCCGACAAUUGCCGAGAGACACAAUGCAACCUCAAAUUGUCUUAUACAGAACAGCACUCAUCAGUUAUACUGCUGGGGCAAUAAUCGUUACGAUAAUUACGAUUUUAAUGAACUGGGAGUAAACGCAAAUGACGUCUGGUUAUUAACGAUUUGUAACACAUCACAAUUAUUAUUCAACGCUAAUCGAAUAUUAAGUAAAUUCUACAAUGUUACUGAGCUAAUUAUAGUCGAUGGUAAUUUGACCAAAAUCACUACUGCGUUCCCUGCAGAAGCUACUAAACUUGAAAGAAUUCAUAUCAGCGGAACAAAGCUCCGUUAUCUGCCAGACGACUGCUUUAAAAAUUUACCGGCGUUACGUAGUGUAGACUUGAGGAAUAAUUCAUUGACAGUGAUUAAUCCUAAAGUACUGUCGUCGUCGCCGUUGACACAGGCACUCGAUUAUUCUGUUUAUUUAGCUGGUAAUCCUUGGAAAUGCGACGAAAAUAUGUUUUGGAUAAUAAAUGAUGAAAAUUAUUCUUCUCUGAUAAAAAGAAUUGUUGAUAGAGAUAAAUUGCAUUGUACUGAGCCGUAUGCAAGUCGCUCUCUUAUCGCAGUGAUUAGCAUAAUGACGACUUUGAAACAAGAAUGUCAACAAACUCCCUGUGAGUGCGAAUUGGUGUACGUAAUUGGAGGGCAUUUUAACCUAAGGGAGCAAAAUUUCCAUCGGAGAUCACAACUCAUGGCAUUUAUUACCGUCAAUUGUAGCUUUCUGGGUCUUACUGAGAUGCCUAAAUUUAUACCAGAAAAUACGACAAAACUUUAUCUUACUGGCAAUAAGAUCAGCGAUCUCAGUCCUCUUGUAGAGAAUCCUGUCUAUAGACAAGUUCUCGAUCUUUAUUUAGACGAUAAUUUAAUUGGAUCAAUUGCUCAAUUAGACGGUUCUUAUUGGCUUGAACACUUUCGAUUGUUCAGUCUUCGGGGGAACAAAUUAACAGACUUACCGACUUACGCUCUAGAAAACGCUCUGCACAACAGCGUAACUGCCGUCAGUAUUUUUCUGGGCCACAAUCCUUGGACGUGUGAUUGCUUCUUCACCCCCGGGUUCCAGGAUCUUUUAAUAAAAUAUACAAACAUAUUCAAAGAUAUAAAUGAUAUUAGAUGCAACUCAACGUCAUCUUUAUACAGCAGCGAACAUAAUAAAAUUUUAAAUAAACCUAUUAAGGAUUUAACUAGAACGGAAAUAUGUAUAAUUUAUGAUGAAGAAAGUUGGUUGUCAUUCUACCCACUCGACAUCUUGAAUAUCAUCUUAGCACUUAUAAUUGUUUUAAUUAUCGGAAAACUUGCUUACGAUUACUGGGCCUUCAAGAAGACAGGAAAGCUGCCCUGGAUCGUUACUAAAAUUCCAUAAUUAUUUAUAAAUUAUUAUUUAUUUUAAGAUAAUUUUUUUCGGAUGGGUUUAAACUCGUUCAACAAACACGCUCUGUAAGUUCGCUAACUAAAGACCAAAAGGUUCAAAGCGUCCUUUUAUACCUGGCUCCUCAUUAACUUCUACUAUCAAGUUUCUUCCAAAGGUUUCAAGCUUAAUUAUUAAUACCAACUGAUUGGUAAUCACAAAUUAGUAAGCCGGAGAUGGGAUGAAAGGGCUUCUUAAACUUUUUUUAGUCUUCAGUAUCAAGCGAACCUUCAAAUAGAAAAUUAAGUUCUAUUUGAAAACUCCCGGGCAUCAUCCGAAAAAUUUAUUUAGUAAAUUGUGCAGAUUUAAAAAGUAUUAAGUUUUAACUGAAUUUAUAGGAUAUACUUAUUAUGAUACAUCUUUGGAAGGCGAUUUUCUGGGGAUACGUGAUUUUUUUUUCGGCGAUACUGAAGCAAAUAAAAAUCAAUAGUGAUAUGUA